AUGGCAGCAUCCUUCUGUUAUCCUUUUGUUGCAUUUCUUUCUGUUUUUUGCAUAUCUGUUACUAAAGGUCAAUAUUCCAACUUUAAUAAGUUGGAAUUGCCCCAAGGGGUCGGCGGACCUGAAUCGGCCGCCUUUCGUGGAGUACUAGUUUUCUCUGAAGGUCCCUUCACGACUGUCACUGAUGGUAGGAUUUUGAAAUGGCAAGGCCCUAAUGUCGGUUUCGUGGAUUUUGCAUAUACUUCACCCCAAAGGACAAAACAAUUUUGUGAUGGCACCACGGAUCGUGAAAAGGGUCCGAUAUGCGGCCGACCAUUGGCUCUUAGCUUUGACCCUGUAACUGGACGUCUCUACAUAGCCGACGCGUUUUUUGGACUUCUAGUUGUUGGCCUUCAAGGCGGGCUUGCAACUCAGCUUGUCGGCGGCUUCAAGUUACUUAAUGGCCUUGACGUUGACUUGUUAACAGGCAAUAUAUAUUUUUCCGAUGCUAGUUUGGUUUAUGACAUUAGAAAUGUUACACAACCGGGAUUUAGGCCUGACUCAACUGGAAGGCUCUUAUGCUACAACCCACAUAACAAACAAGUAACCACUUUGCUCAGUGGCCUAUUUGGCGGGGGUGGCCCUGCUGUGAGUAACGAUGGUACAUUCGUUCUUGUAGCUGAGCUUAAUCGUAAGCGGAUUUUAAAGUACUGGCUCGUGGGAUCUAAAGCAAAUACCACAGAAGUUUUGCUAGAUUUGGAUGGGAACCCGAACAAAAUAAAGCGUGCAGAAAGAUUUGGAGAGUUUUGGGUGGCCGUUUCUGCUGGGUUCUUACCACCAGCAUCUUCCAUUGUACCGAAGGGAGUACGGAUUAAUUCCAAGGGGGUUGUGCUGCAAACAGUGCUAUUUGAAGCACAUUACUUCAACAAAUCCAUAACUCUAGUUCAGGAGCAAGAUGGAAAACUUUAUGUAGGCUGUAGGAACACCACUUUCCUUGGUGUCUACUCUAAUUAG